CAGUUCUAUCAGUUACUCGUGGCCUGAGUAAAUGGAAAGAUCAAGUGAACACUUCAGUGGUCUAAGAACAAAAUUACUUUUUGACAAAAAACUCUGGAAAAACAUAUGAAAGUUGUUUGAAAUCUGACUUUAGUUUAAUAAAAACCAAAAAUUGUGAUAAUCCACUUGUGAUCGUGUUAAAAAAUUUUAACAUAUUAAACAAAAAUUUUGAUACUUAUUUUCUACGUCCUUGCAAUCAAAUAAUAAAUUGAAACAAAAAUGCCUGAGCUCAUCGAACAAACCAAAACCAUUUCCAAUGGAGUUUCAUCUAUGCAAAACAAAUUGAAACAGGAUAGCUGUGGUCUUUACAAUCACAUUCGUGGCAUCAAUGUGUCAUAUGGCUCCGUUCAAAGGCUUACACCCAAGGUCCAUGCAUUCGUCGAAGAGUCCGUGGUAUUGUGUCAACCAGAACAAAUACAUAUUUGUGAUGGAUCCGAUAUGGAACACAAAAUGCUUUUGAAACAUAUGUUGGAAGCUGGCACCAUUGUGCCUUUACCAAAGUAUGAGAACUGCUGGCUGGCCCGUACAAAUCCUGCCGAUGUUGCACGUGUAGAAUCUAAAACAUUUAUUUGCACUGAAACGAGGGAAGAGGCCAUUCCCACCCCUCAAGAUGGUGUGAAGGGAACAUUGGGCAAUUGGAUUUCUAUAAGCGAUAUGGAAAAAGCCAUCAAAGAUCGCUUUCCAGGUUGCAUGAAAGGUCGUACGAUGUAUAUCGUGCCCUUCAGCAUGGGCCCUGUGGGAUCUCCCCUCUCCAAAAUUGGCGUUGAAAUCACCGAUUCCGCAUAUGUUGUGGCUUCAAUGCGCAUUAUGACUAGAAUGGGCGCCAAUGUCUGGGAGCAAUUGCAAAAAAAAGAAGAAUUCGUUCGUGCACUUCAUUCGGUUGGUACUCCUAUCAAUGGUAUUGUCGAGUGUAACUCAUGGCCUUGCGAUCCUGAAAGAACAAUAAUUUUACACAAACCCGCUGAUAACUUGAUCGUUUCAUAUGGCUCUGGCUAUGGUGGCAACUCGCUUCUUGGCAAAAAGUGUUUUGCUUUGCGCAUCGGCAGCACUAUUGCCAAGAAGGAAGGAUGGCUGGCCGAACACAUGCUGAUUUUGGGCAUCACUGAUCCAAAAGGCGUGAAAAAGUACAUAACAGCAGCAUUCCCUUCGGCUUGCGGUAAAACAAAUUUGGCUAUGUUAAACCCAACCCUGCCCGGCUACAAAGUGGAAUGUGUUGGUGAUGAUAUUGCUUGGAUGAAAUUUGAUAAGAACGGAACUUUACGUGCCAUAAACCCUGAAAAUGGUUUCUUUGGUGUUGCGCCUGGAACGUCUAUGGAAACUAAUCCAAUUGCUAUGAACACCGUGUUUAAGAACACAAUUUUCACAAAUGUUGCAUCAACCUCCGAUGGAGGCGUUUAUUGGGAAGGAAUGGAGAGUAGUUUGGCUGAGGGUGUUACUGUCACCGAUUGGUUGGGUAAUCCAUGGGAUAAGGACUCGGGCAAACCUGCAGCGCAUCCUAAUUCGCGUUUCUGCACUCCAGCCAAUCAAUGUCCAAUUAUAGACUCCGCCUGGGAAGAUCCUGCCGGUGUGCCUAUUAGUGCCAUUCUUUUCGGAGGCCGUCGCCCCGCAGGCGUACCACUUAUAUACGAAGCCCGUAACUGGACGCAUGGUGUAUUUAUGGGAGCCGCAAUGCGUAGUGAAUCUACUGCCGCUGCUGAACACAAGGGCAAGGUAAUCAUGCACGACCCAUUCGCAAUGCGCCCUUUCUUCGGUUACAAUUUCGGAGACUACGUGCAACACUGGCUCAGUAUGGAGGCUCGUGGUAAUGCCCCAAAGAUCUUCCAUGUCAACUGGUUUAGAAAGGGUGCCAAUGGCAAAUUUAUGUGGCCAGGAUAUGGAGAUAACGUUCGUGUCCUUGAAUGGGUUCUACGCCGCAUAGAUGGUGAUGAGUGUGCUGCGGAAUCCGCCAUUGGCUACAUACCUGCACAGAAUGAACUAAAUUUGAGUGGUAUGCCGCAAAAAGUCGACUUGGCUGAACUUUUUUCCCUGCCAAAAGAUUUCUGGAACAAAGAGGUUGAAGAAAUUCGAAAAUACUUUGAAACUCAGAUUGGCUCAGAUCUUCCAGCUGAAAUCUAUAACGAAUUAGAUGAACUGAAGCAACGCGUUGCCACUAUGUAAAUACUUCAUUUAUUAUUUUCUUAGACUUUGUCCAAGACAUCUUUCCGCUACCUGUUUGGCACUGAAGUAUUUAUCUAUGCCCAAACAAUCCAUUAUAGUGUAGAUUCAUAUACAUCACACCGCUGUUUCAAUUAAUUAUAAAUAUAUAUAUAUAUAUUUUAAUUUAUAACAUCGCUAUUAAUUAUAUAAGCAUUAUUUUUUUUAAGAUUUUUGCAUUGUAUUGUACGAGUAUUUAAUAAAUACUGUAUUUGCUAUAUCUGUAAUUGCCCUGUAGUUGUAGUCAAAUCCAUACACAACCACGAUUGGAAAAAUUUAAUUUAAUUAAAUCGUGCACCUAAA